UUUUGUUUUACAACUAUUUAACUUAUUUAAAAUGUCUGGAGUAGCUGGUGGUGCAUCUAAAAAGAGUAGUAGCCGUACUAUGGCUACAAAGAAGCUAAUUAUUGACGAAUUCAAAAGAAGGCUUCGAGAUAAUAUCAAAUCAUUAAACGACAACUUUUUUCACAUUAUUCAAGCUGCCAAGGUCAACCCAGAUGACAACGCCUACAAAAAUCAAACGGGAAAAAUGACCGAAUUCUAUACAACAAAAAAUGAGAUGGCAGUUCGUGCGCAACUCAUGGUUCGUGCUUCAGAUGAGCUAUUAAAACUGACGGCUGAUCUCAAAGAAUUUCUGAUUCUCCACGAUUUUCACUUUUUGACGCAUAACAUCAAGCAAGCUGAAGCACAAUGCGAAGAAACAUUGCGUCAACAAUCUCAUCAGCACAACUGUCUCGAUUCGGAAGUGAGCAAUAUUCUAUUCGAUCUGGAACGCGAAAUCGCGGAAAAUUUCUAUCUUCGUCAUACCUAAUAAAUACGAUCCCUCUUGUGU